AUGGACGUCGUCAUGGAGCCCUUCACCCGACUCGGCCUGUCCACCUUUUCGCCCUUUAUGCCCGUCGUCCUGCGUCCCGGUCCACUGGCAGUCCUCCCAAGUGACAUCGAGGCGUAUCCUCCCCGGCCGCUCCUCCGAUGGAUCAAGCAAGCCAGCGACUUUGCCCGCUCCGGCCGUCUGCAGGCCGUUGCGCUGCUCCUCUCCCUCUUUGCCCUCGCCUUCACCGUCGCCCUCCGUCGCCGCCGGCCGCGCCCCGUCAUCACCUCCCGGAACCCGGCCUCGGCCGUCAAGUGGCCCUACGAGAUCGUCUCCCAGCUGUGCCGCGCCGCGGCGCUCGGCUUCCUGCUCCAGGCCAGUGCCCGCAACAGCGCGCACCUGCCCACCGCCGCGCUCGCCGCCUACGUCUUCGGCCUCGGCCUCGUCCGCCUCUCCCUCGCGCUCCAAUGGCGCCGCCACGUCCUCCAACACGUUAACCUGCUGCUGCUCGCCGCCCUCGCGCUCCUCACCGUGGCCGAGUACCUGCCUUGCGCGCAGCUCCACUACGACUGCGCCUCCGAUCGCGGCGUCGGCGGCGCCCUCGUCGCCCUCGUCGCCGCCGUGGUGGUCGCCGCCGUUACCCCGACCGAGUGGCUCCCGCCGCGGCUGUCCUCCAACCACGACGACAUCAUCCCCGACUACGAUCCGCACCAGGAGCCCGCGCCCGAGGAGACGGUCAGCUGGUUCAACUACUUCUGCUCCUACGAGUGGCUCACCCCGGUCGUCUGGAAGGGCACCCGCGGCCGCCUCGACGCCUCGGCCGUGCCCAAGCUGGCUUGGUACGACGAGCCGCUCUACCUGCUGCGCAAGAUCCGACGCGCCCGCGCACUCAGCCGCUCCACCAUGUUGACGUCCCUGCGCUUCCAGCGCACCGAGCUGACCCUCAUGGCCUUUUGGGCCGGCUCCGCCUUCGCCGUCGAGAACGUGGCCCCCUUUGGCAUGUUCAAGCUGCUCGACUACCUCGACCUGCCGACCGUCGCCACCUACCGCCCCUGGGUCUGGCUCGCCAUGGUCUUCCUCGGACCUCUCACCCGCUCCCUGCUCUUUCAGCAGUACGUCUUCACCUCGACCCGCCUCAUCGUCCGCAUCAAGUCCGCCAUGACCCAGGAGCUCUACCACAAGGCCCUGGAAUCCAUGGAGCUCGAGGACGACCCUUUCCAGAGCUCGAAGCGCAGCGGCGACCCCGGCAAGGACACCGCGCCCAAGACACAAAAGAGUACUUCCGCCGGUCGCCUCGCCAACCUCAUGGCUGCCGACGUUGACGCCAUCUUUCGCGCCAGAGACGUCAUGAUGGUCUUCGUGGGCGUUCCGGCCGGAACAAUCAUUUCUCUCAUCGGUCUCUACCAGAUGCUCGGAUGGGUCUCCCUCGUCGGUACUGCCGUCCUCAUCCUCGCCACCCCCAUUUCUUUUUGGCUUUCUAGAAUCAUGUACAAGACGCAAAUCGUUGUGCGCAAGACGCAAGACGCUCGAAUCUCGCUCGUCACAGAAUACCUCGCCUCUAUUCGCGCCAUCAAGUUCUUCGCCUGGGAAGACGCCGUCACCGCCAAGAUCAUUGCCGCCCGAGCCAGGGAGCAAAAGGGACUCUGGAACAUUGCUGUGCUGCAGACCGUCAUCAACCAGGUCACGCAGGCCUUUCCCUUCUUCUCCCUCCUCGUCAUGUUUGGCCUCUACGUCGGCGUUGGCGACCGUCGCCUCGACGCCUCGACCGCCUUCACCACCGUCUUCCUCGUCAAGAACAUCCGCCGAAACAUCAUGAUGGCGAGCUCCCUCAGCCGCUCCUUUGCAGGCGCCAUUGUUGCCUUUGGACGUCUCGACAAGUUCUUCGCCACCGCCGUGCCGCUGGUAGAGUACCCCGUCGGGCCCCUUCGCAUCAUCAACGCUUCCUUCCGCCGUAACAAGAAGGCCGCCUUCAGCCUUGAAAACAUCUCUCUCAACUUUGUCCAAGGUGGGCUGAAUGUCGUCACUGGCCAAAGCGGCAGCGGAAAGUCGACUUUGCUCAUGGCUAUUCUGGGUGAAACGUAUCUGGAGUCUGGUGCUGUGACGGCCCCCUCUGAUAUUGCCUAUGCCUCGCAGACCGCCUGGCUCCAAAACGACACUAUUCAGAACAACGUGCUGUUUGGCAGCCCCAUGGACCGAAUCCGAUACAACCGCGUCUUGGAGGCUUGCUGCCUGCUCACCGACCUUCACGAACUGCCGCUCAAGGACAAGACCCUUGUUGGCGAGAAUGGAACCUCCCUGUCCGGCGGCCAAAAGGCUCGCGUCGCUCUCGCACGAGCUCUCUACUCCGGUGCUUCUCUCAUCCUCCUCGACGACAUAUUUUCCGCCCUCGACGCCAAGACUUCGGCGGGUGUCUGGAAGCGCGCAUUCUGCUCCAACCUACUCAAGGGUAGGACCACAGUCCUAGUUACCCAGAUUCCCUGGAUCUCCUCGCAGGCCGAUUACGCCAUCGCCCUCGACAAGGGCCGCGUGAUCAACGCGGAAGCCAACAUUGGUGCCGUCAGGCGUCCCAUCACCAUCGCCGAAGUCCUCGGCGGCGACGGUGAUGAAGACGGCGACACAGAAACUCCCAUGGAAGCCGAACUCACCGGAAACGGAGAUGCGGAAGACACGACCCGUAAACCCGUCAAUGGCUCUGCCAACAGGGACUUGGUCAAUCAGGAGAUGCGGGCCUCUGGCAAGGUUGGCAGACUUACUUUUGUGGAAUACAUGGGCUACUUUGGCAGUCCCAUUUUCGGCAUCCUGUGCAUUGUCGGCCUCUUCCUGAGCAACAUCUUCUUCUUUGGAGGCACCUUUUGGCUCUCCGUCUGGGUCGAAGCGUACAAUAAAAAGGGCUACGUCGACAUUGCCUACUACAUGGGCAUCUACGCCGCCUUUACCUUUCUGGAGCUCAUCAGCUUCGGCUUCAUCAUUGUCAUGUUCGAGUGGGGUGCGUGGCGCGCCGCCCGAAAGCUGCACAACGACUUUAUCCGCGCCAUCAUGAGCGUCCCGCUGUCCUGGUUCAAGACCAUCCCUGUCGGCCGCAUCACGAACCGCUUCUCCGGCGACAUGGCCUCCAUCGACGGCAUGCUCAGCUCGCUCCUCCGCUCCGCGCUCGACGCCAUCAUGAUGCUAUUCUUCCGCAUCGCCGCCAUCAGCUCCAUCAUGCCCAUCUUCAUGAUCCCGGCCUUCUUCACCUGCCUCUUUGGCGUGGUCAUUGGCGAGAUGUACACGCGCACCGCCGUCAUCCUGAAGCGCCUGACCUCGUCCUCGCAGUCGCCCGUCUUCUCCCAGUUUGCGGAUACGCUCGCGGGGUUGGCCGUCAUCCGCGCACGCGAAGGCAAGAGCAAGGAGUUUGGCAAGGAGCUGGCCGCGAAGCUGCGAGUCUGGUCGGCGGCGUCCGAGACCAACUACAACUGCAACCGCUGGGUGGCGGUGCGUGUUGACUUUGUGACGUCUCUGGUCGCUCUCUCGGCUGGCAUCAUCGCCAUAAACCAAGCCGGGCUCGUUGGGGCUGGCUUGGUGGGUUUCUCCCUUACCAAUGCCAACGGGCUGAACCAGACGAUUCUGAUGCUGGUCCGCGCCAUGAACGACCUCGAGGUCGAGAUCCAGAGCUUUCACCGUGUCAAGGAAUAUGUCAAGCUAGAGCCUGAAAAUGCCCACGACGCCCCGUAUCCCGACGAAGACGGGUACGCUGAUGACGAGACCAAGACUAUCCCCAAGAACUGGCCGCGCGGAGGCGAUAUUGAAUUCCGGAACGUGACCAUCCGGUAUGAACCCGACGGUCCCAACAUUCUGACCGAUGUCAACCUCAACUUCAAGGCGGGAGAGCGUGUCGCCGUAGUGGGCCGCACCGGCUCCGGCAAGAGCACGCUCGUUCUCUCCCUGCUACGCUUUACACACAUCGUCUCAGGCCAGAUCCUUUACGACGGCGUGGACAUUACCCACGUUCCGCGCGACCGUCUGCGCAAGGGCCUCACCAUCAUCCCGCAAGAGGCUGUGCUGUUCAACGGCACCGUCGCCUCCAACCUCGACCCCACGGGUCUGCUCCCCCACGAGCGCCUCGAAAAAGCUCUGGAGAACUGCCGCGGCAUCGCCUCCUUCUCCGGCAGCGACUACUCCUCCGACACUGACCUCGACGACGGCCACCGUAAGCAGGGCAUCUCGCUCGAAACGGACGUGGACGCGCAGGGCGAGAACUUUUCGCACGGCCAGCGCCAGGUACUCUCGCUCUGCCGCGCGCUGAUCCGCCAGAGCAAGCUGAUGCUGCUCGACGAGGCGACGGCGAGCAUGGACUACGAGACGGACCGGGGCAUCCAAAAGGUGCUGCGCGACGAGCUGGCGAGCGCCGCCGCCGACGGUGGUGGCGCGCGGACGCUCGUCACGAUCGCGCAUCGUCUGCGUACGAUUAUCGACUACGACAGCGUUGUUGUUAUGAGCGCCGGCAGGGUGGUCGAGUUUGGCUCCCCCCGCGCGCUGUACGACGCCCACGGGCUGUUCUACGACAUGAUGUACCAUAGCGGCGAGAUGGACGAGCUCAAGACGAUCCUCAACGUGGCCGAGGACGACAAGGACGCGGCGUCGACGGGGUCGUCGUCGAGCACGCAGGUCGAGCCGGCAGAGUAG